AAAUGGUUCGCGAAAAUCGAAGAUGUCAAUAAAUGAUUUUUAGGCAUCCAACUAUAUGCACACUCGCUCUUUCCCAAACAGUCAACCAUUACCGGCACUGUACCUCUGAGGUCAAAGAAGGUAUCGUUUGCAUUUAGUUGCCGUCAUAAUAUCUACUGUCAACUCACCUUUCUCUCGCCAAUCACCUUUUUUAAUUCAUCCUCCUGGGGUUCAACUUUACAACCAACCUACAUCUACAGACUGAGAUAUUUCUGAUAGAUUCUCACCAAAUCAAACAAACACCUCUACAGCCAGCGACACUCACUUUGCUCUGAGAAAAGCCUCCAUUACAAGUCAACAUGACGAAGAAAAGCUACUCAUCUGCGACGAGUGCCGCAUCCACGACUAGUACCCACCGCCCACCGCCAGGCCGCAAGAAUUAGGUAUUCUGCACCAAUGGCUCCCACUGGGCACCGCGAGGAGACUUUUCCAAAUCUCAGCUACAAAAGUGGCAUGGAAGCUUUGGCGACACCAAGAUUUCAUGCUCGAAGCACACCAACCUCGCCGCCGCAGAGCUUCGCUGCACCGGUCCAUGCGGUCGUAUUCUUGCCGUCACUUGCUUCUCCAAGAACCAGCGCUCUGCCGGUGGAAGUCAGGAGUGUCUUGAUUGCGUCGCCUGGGGACUCAGCCAAGAGCCCGGCCACACUGUCCUCGCCACCGCCGAUGUCCACCAGAGCCAGGACGAGGCCCGUCGGGACCUUGCCUCUCGUGAAGCCCCCAACAACAGGGCGCUUCAAAUUGACGAUGGCAGCCAGAGAGCCUUGACAUUUGAGAGCAUGAGCUCCACUGCUUCGAUGACCAGCGAGAGAAGCUAUGCUAGUACUGCUGCGUCCCGUGUUUCUUCCAACAGCUUGGGACCCUGGGCCCGCCCUGUUCAACGCAAGACGGACUGGAUGGUUCCUACUUAUCUUCAGGAGAUCCGGGAUGGUCGUGGCCCGGCCACGCUGCCCCCUCUGAUCCCCGAGGAAGCCUAUGACAGUGACGGUUCUGUUGAUUAUUGCUGAGCGUGGAUUUAAGUCUAGCGUUUCGCCAGCGUAGAGUUGCUUUUGCGCCGCCUUCUCGUGCACCCCUUUUUUUCUCGUUGAUUUUCUCACUGAGUUUUGCAAUCAAUCGUAGCAAGAUGAUCAGAUAGACGCCAAUAAUUGAGGAUUCUGAAAUGAAAUCAUACCAGAGAGGGUUACUUGUGAAAAAUUGGCAGAGACAAGCAUAUUGACAUUGCUUUCCCCUGACUAUCCAAUAACCCUCUACCUCAUUAUAUGCAUCGUAACCAUCCAUAAUAACUCAAGCCAACGGUUGUACAUAAAUAGACAAGAAAGGCAUAUCAACUAGGCUCAUACGAUCUUGGGUAUCAUCAAAGUCAUGACAGAAAAGAAUAGGGCACAGAAAGUAUCAAACAAUGUCUGCACAAAAAAAAAAAAAAAAAAAAAAAAAAAAAAAACACAAUA